AUGGCUCAAAAGAUUGUCAUCAUUGGCUCUGGCUUUUCCGGCCUAUACAGCGCCUUAGCCGCCAGGCGACUCAUUGAGGAGAACAAAGACCGUGUCGGCAAUGGCAUCGACGUCGUGAUGGUUGCUCCUGAGCCCAAGCUCGUCACUAGGCCGCGCCUUUACGAAGCCAACGCUGCUGGCAUGUCGGCCCCGCUGAGCGAACUUUUGAACGCCACGGGCGUUGGGUUUGUGAGAGGAGUUGUCGAUGUGAUCCGUACCAAGGACAAGCGAGUGGAGGUGGUUGAUCCUACGGGUGAGCGAUCGAGCAUCUCGUAUGAUAGGCUGGUCCUGGCGGCGGGAAGUCGUGUGGUGAAGCCAAACCUCCCCGGUCUGCGCGAGCACGCCUUCAGCAUCGAUACCAUCACCGAUGCGGCAGAGCUCGAGGCCCAUCUUGGACGCUUGGCGGCGCUGCCCUCGAGCCCCGAGAGAAACACCGUGGUUGUGUGUGGAGGUGGGUUCACGGGCAUCGAGCUCGCCACGGAACUCCCUCGGCGCUUACGAGCAAUUCUGGGGAUGGCAGAGAAGGUGAGGGUCGUUGUCGUCGAAAAGGCAGAUGUCAUUGGCCCUGAUUUGGGCGAGAACCCUCGCCCGGUUAUCGCUCAGGCCCUCGGCGACCUCGAGGUUGAGACUAAACUGGGCAACGCCGUGGCCUCGAUCGAUGCUCGCGGCGUGGUUACGGCUUCAGGAGAGCGGAUCAAUGCCCUCACGGUCGUCUGGACUGCUGGAGUGGAGGCAACGCCCCUGACUCGACAGAUUCCCGGCGAUAAGGACAGGCAAGGACGGCUACUUGUCGACUCUGAUCUUCGCGUCCCGUCAAGCCCCGAUGUCUUCGCCACCGGCGACGCGGCUUCAGCUCAGACCGACGACAAGGGUAACCGUACGCUCAUGUCGUGCCAGCACGCGAUUCCGCUUGGCCGUUCCGCCGGACACAACGUUGCUGCCGAUCUGCUCAAGAUUCAGGGCCAGCCAUACCUGCAGCCCUCGUACGGAACGUGUCUCGACCUUGGCGGCUGGGGCGCCGUCGUGUGCGAUGGAUGGGAUCGAAAAAUCUUCAAGUCAGGUGGACCGGCCAAGGAGAUUAAGAACUGGAUCAACAGUUGCGUGAUCUACCCUCCCAAGGCGAAUGCAAAGGAGGCCUUUGAAGCGGCUAACCCCAUGGUGAAUCAAAUCUCGGUCCUUUGA